GUCUUCUCUUACCCAACCAUUCACACUUCCCUGUUUGCCUUCUUUCUGCUGAAUUCCUACACCUUAGCCGGAACGACCACUCUCCCUGAUUUCCAUUCCAAGGGGGACAGUAAGGCCACCUGACCAGGCAGAAAGCCGAGCACCACUUUGUUCCCCUGUCCUGUGAGACUGGUGUGCCUGCAGGGAAAAGGAGAGGAUAUUCUGUCUCAGAAAGGUUACAGUUGCCUUCUGCCGUCGAGGCGUUUGAAGCUUGAGUUUGCCAGUCACUCCACCCCGCACUCACUUCUUCUGCCAACUUCAGACGCCUUGGCAAGCACAACUGUUCUCUCUGACUUCCGCUCAAAAGAGCAUAAUGGAUCUUAAGGAAUAUUUCAAAAGGAUUGGCUUCACUGGUCUGUACGACAAAGCUGACCUGCCCACUCUGUGCACCAUACACAAGCUGCAUGUCAUGACUGUUCCCUUCGAGAACCUCAGUAUCCACUGUGGAGAGAGGAUCACUAUGGACCUGAAGGUCAUCUAUAAAAAGAUUGUGCUCGACCAUCGUGGAGGUUGGUGCUGUGAGAACAACCUGCUGUUCUCCUGGGUGCUGAGAGAGAUGGGCUACAAAUUCACCACGCUGGGUGCCAGGGUCUUCAACACAUUAAAAAAUGACUUCAAUCCUAUGGAUUCACAUCUCAUCAACCUGAUUGAGAUUGAUGGUAAGCCUUAUAUUGCUGAUGUGAGUUUUGGGGUGUCGUGCCAAAUCUGGCAGCCGUUAGAAAUGAUUGCAGGUAAAGACCAACCUCAGCCCCCAGGGGUGUUCCGUCUACUGAAUGACGGCGAUAGGUGGACCCUAGAGAAGACUGGGAGGAAGCCACUGAUCCAGAACGAGGCCUUCGCCACCUGUAGCCUCAUUGACAAGCGCCUGAAGAAGACCAUAUACAGCUUCUUGUUAACACCACGUGGCGCUGACCAUUUUCUGAACACAAUCGAGUACCUCCAGACCAGUUGUGAGUCUUUGUUCACCCAGAAGUCCAUCUGUUCCCUUCAGACAUCCACUGGUUUCAGAGCUCUGAUUGGUUGGACCUACAGUGAGGUCACAUUUAAUCCUCAAGAAGACACAGACAUCAUGGACUUGAGGGACAUACCAGACAGUGAGAUAGAGACUGUACUGAAGGAAAGGUUUAAAGUAACUUUACAUAAAAAACUGACACCUAUAAACAACAAAGCUGGCUAUAAAAUAUAGGGAAUAUGCUGUUACAUAUAUAUUAAGCUUUACUCACAUUUAUCAUAUAUACCUAAUAAACUAGACAUUCCACAUAUUAUGAAUGCAUGUACGUUGUUUCACAUUAUCAAUUGCAUAAUAGGUCAGUUGUCAUAGUCUUUUCCUUUCUGCCUCUGGAAAAGUCUUAUGUAAUAUAAUCAUGUCUCUUCUGAUCAUUGACAAUUUUGACAUGAUGAUUUCUGAUCUGUUUAAUAUGUCAAUCUCAGUUGUAAUCUGAUAGAAGAAACAAACAGGUCUAAAAAAUAAAACUUAAAAAUAGG